AACUCCAACUUCUAUCUCACUACCUAUAUAUUAUAUAUACACACACAUCAUCCUAUAACCAAUUCCUUCAUCCAGCUUCUCCUGACUUCCUUCUCUCUCUCUAAAAUAUCAUCUACUAGUUUCAUAUACUUUUAAGUUUGUAAUUCUCAGCAUGAGUCACUACGAUCAAAACAAGCCUCAGGCAACUACUGCACCGGUUGAGGGGUACCCACAAGGUCCUUAUGUGGCUCCACCGCCGGCUGGUUAUCCAAUGAAAGACGGUGAAGCAAAUCCCCAGAAUCAUCAUCAUUCAGCACAAACUCAGUCCAGGGGUGAUGGCUUCUGGAAGGGAUGUUGUGCUGCCUUGUGCUGUUGCUGUGUCUUGGACGCGUGUUUCUGAGGAUUGAGAGAUUCAUUUAUUGUUUUAAUUUUUUAAUGUAUAUCAUAAUUAAAGGGAUUCUUUUGGUGUUCCCUUUACCAUUGUGUUGUUGGAUCUUAUUAUUAUUCUUUUAAUAAAUAGUGUACUGGCAUGUUUGUUUUGUAA